UGGAAGGUGGAAAUGGGGCCAUUGCAAUAAAUCCUCUUGUCGGUGUUUCUUCUACCUUAUUACAGUCACUAGAAAUAUUGCAAAGAAAGUAAGUAGCUGCCUUGUAAUAAAAUUUAUUAUAUAGCAGACUGGUCUAGAAGCAUCUACCACUGAGUGAAAAAAUAAUGGAGCUUCUCGUUAUGGCGGUUCCUCUAAUUCUUGUCUCGAUAUUUCUAUUGGCCGAUGAUGUGUCGGCAGAAAGAUCGACAUAUAUUGUCCACAUGGACAAAUUCUCCAUGCCAAAGGCAUUUUCGAGCCACCACCAUUGGUAUUCUUCCAUGCUCAAAUCUGCUAAAUCACUCGACGAACCCGAAUCGAAGAUUAUCUACACUUACGACAAUGCCUUCCAUGGAUUCAGUGCGGUGUUGUCUGAAGAUGAACUGGAAGCUGUAAAGAAAUCACAGGGGUUCCUUUCGGCUUUUGAAGAUGGUGUUGUCACGGCAGACACCACCCAUUCGUCUAAAUUCCUCUCUCUCAACUCCGCUACCGGUCUGUGGCCGGCUUCCAACUACGGCAAAGAUGUCAUAAUCGGAGUUAUCGACACUGGCAUUUGGCCCGAAAGUCCGAGCUUUAGGGACGACGGAAUGACGGAAAUACCUACAAGGUGGAAGGGUAUCUGCGAAGAGGGCGAAGAGUUCAAUUCCUCGUCGUGCAACAGGAAAAUCAUCGGAGCUAGAUAUUUCCGUGAAGGACUUCGAGCGGCGAAUCCAGGUGUCGCGAUACCUAUGUAUUCUGCUAGAGACAUAGACGGUCACGGGACGCACACUGCCUCCAUCGCUGCCGGAAACUACGUCGACGGCGUUUCGUUCUUCGGCUACGCGGCCGGAACUGCGAGAGGGGUGGCCCCACGCGCCAGAAUAGCGGUGUACAAAGUCCUCUGGGACGGCGGGGUCACCUCCGACCUAAUCGCCGGAAUCGACCAGGCCGUCGCCGACGGGGUCGACAUACUGUCCAUUUCUCUAAGCGACCGCAGCACUAAUCUGUACGAGAACGCUCUCUCAAUAGCCAGUUUCGGCGCGAGAAAAAAGGGAAUCGUCGUUUGUCUCUCCGCCGGGAAUCGCGGCCCCUCCUUCGCGACUCUAAGAUCCGGAAUCCCGUGGGCAGUGGUUGUCGCGUCGGGCACCGUCGACCGGUGGUUCGCCGGGACGUUGACUCUCGGAAACGGGAAAACCAUCACCGGGUGGACCACUUUUCCGGCGAGAGCCAUAUUCAGAAACACCCCCCUCGUCUACAACGAGACGUUCUCCGCCUGCAACUCCGACGAACUACUAGCAUCAGCACGGUUCGGCAGCAUAAUCGUGUGCAAUCUAACAAUCGAAAAUUCCUACUUCGACUCCACAAUGGGGUAUCUAUCGAGGGCAGAAAACGUCGGAGCAGCCAUCAUCAUCUCCGAAGAUAUCCGCAUUUUCCGAUCAACCCUAUUCCCCGCCCCAGGAGUCGUAAUCACACCCGCAGAAGCACAACACGUGAUCGAUUACAUAUCCAACACCGCCGAACCAACAGCAACCAUAGUUUUCCAACAGACAAUCAUCGGGGCAAAAUCUCCGGUCGCCGCUCCGGCACUCUCCGACGACUCCUCGAGGGGCCCCGCAAGAAGCUACCCACCCAUACUAAAGCCCGAUAUUAUGGCACCGGGAGUUCUGAUCUUAGCAGCCUACAGCCCUCACGCGAACCCUACAGAAAGAAUCGGCAAGAACUUAUACCUGUCAACUGACUACACUCUCUUGUCCGGCACAUCAAUGGCUUGCCCACACAUCGCCGGAGUUGCCGCCCUCCUCAAAUCCGCCCACCCCGACUGGUCUCCGGCGGCUAUUCAAUCCGCAAUGAUGACAACCGCCAAUCCACUCGACAACACCAACCAGCCAAUCAAGGAAGUGGACCGUAUGCUCGCGGUACCCACGGGUAUCGGGUCGGGCCAGGUCGACCCGAACCGGGCCCUCAAUCCGGGCCUAAUCUACGAUGCCUCCACACAAGACCUCGUGAAUCUCGUCUGUUCCAUGAAUUUCACCCGCGAGCAAACAGAAACAAUCACGAGAUCCAACUUCAACUGUUCGACUCCGUAUCCCGACCUGAACUACCCGUCUUUUAUAGCUCUUUACGAGUUUGCACAAACGGGGCGGAGAUUAACGAGGUCGUUCAAGAGGACUCUUACGAAUGUCGGGAAAGGCGGGGCCACUUAUAGAGUUAAAGUCGAAGCUCCAUCGAAUGCAACGGUUCGGGUUAGGCCGAAGACGUUGGUGUUUCGAGAAAAGUACGAGAAGUUGAGUUAUUCUUUGUCGAUUCGUUAUCUUGCGGGAUUUUUCCCGCCGGCGACGCCGGGUUCGAUCACUUGGACCGACGAGACAGGUAAGUACAGUGUGAGGAGUCCUAUUCAGGUAACUUCGAAUGUUCAGGAGGAUUAGUCUUUGAUCAUUGAUUAUAUUUUCUGCAAAAUUCGUGUAAUAAUUCUAAAUAUGACGUCAUUAAUGGGAGACGGUUAUAUGAAUGAAUGAAUCAAUGAGAU